AUGGAAGUAACUUUGAUGCAAACUGCUACCAGUCAAACUUCUCCUUACAGUGACUUCCAGACUAGCACUGAACGGUACAUCUACAUCGCUCUUCUGGGACUAAACAUCAUUCUAAACCUUACGCUCAAUACGUUAGGUCUGCUUGUACUGCAUCGGGUACACACCAUCCAAGCAACGGGAAAAGUCUUUCUCCGCUCUCUGACCAUCUCGGACAUCGGCAUUGCUCUGUUUUACGCCCUACCCAGCCUGGUAAGAGCAUUACGACCGCAGAUCACAACCGGGAGAGCCUCAUGUAGCUUCAAAGUCGCUAGCGGAAUGUUGCUCUUUCACGUGAACAUUCUCUCUGUCCUCAUACUGACUGUUGAUCGCUAUGUGAGCAUCGUGCACUGUCUACGCUAUCCUAGCAUCAUGACGGUGCCCAGAGCAAGGACUCUGGUGUGCGUCCUAUGGGCUCUUUCUAUCAAACGCAUCGCGCAGCAGGAGUUCCCGUCGGCCAACCCGGCUCUCAGGAUGAGGUUCAAGGCAAAGUCAUUGCUGACCUUCUGCAUCAUCGUGCUCUCGCUCGCCGUCUGCUGGCUGCCGGAGGUCAUCGCCCUCAUGGUUGCGAAGACGACGCGCAGGAAGAACGACAUCCUGCGGUGGACGUUUGUGCUGCAGAACGCAAGCUGCUGGCUCAACAUGGUCAUAUAUUACCUCAGGAAUAAAGAUUUCAGGCAGACUGCUCAUGGGAUUUUCACUACGUGGCUUGGAUCGUGUAAAUAUUGUAAGAGUACUGACGUUAGAUUCGAGCACUGA